AAUGAAUUGGAUACGCGCAUGUGCGAACGCAUGGUACCAGCUGUGACCCGGAUGGAAGAGCCGGGUUCAUAAUGCAUCUUCAGCAGAGCAGCGGGUCCUCCACUCAUCCAGCACCUCUUCCACCUCGUCACAGCCAGUCGCAUCGUUAGUGUGUCGUCGUCAAUACCAUCGUCACCUUCAUCGUCAGUUAAUAAUAUCUUCUUCUCAUCACUGCCACCAUCAUCAUCAUCAUCUCCUUGGGCUUAUCCUAAAUAUAUCUUAAUCAAUCUGUCGUCAUCACUAUCAUCGUCAAUAUGAUCAUCAUUAUAAUAUCAUUCUAAUAUCACACUAUCGUCGCGAUCGUCAUCAUUGCUUUGAUAUCAUAAAAAGCUUCAGCACCACCAUUCUUAUAAUCACAUCCUCUUCAUUCUAGCCACCACACAUGUGCCGCCGCUGCCAUGUGUGAUCUCCGUGAGGAUGAUGCGACAUGGAGGGGGGGGGAGCUGAUGAAUCUCCGUAGUCGAUGAUUCCGCGCGGUGCAGCAGCAGUAGCAGCAGUGGGUAGGCUCUGCCGGUGGUUGUAGUUGUUGGUGGUUGUCGUGCGAGUUGUUGGUGAAUAUGUCGGGCAGCGCGACGGCUGUUCACACCCAGUAUGUGGGACCCUACCGACUCGAGAAGACCCUGGGCAAAGGACAAACGGGUCUCGUGAAACUCGGCGUUCACUGCGUCACCACCAAAAAGGUUGCCAUUAAAAUCGUCAACCGGGAAAAGCUCAGCCAGUCUGUGCUCAUGAAGGUGGAGCGAGAGAUUGCGAUCCUGAAACUGAUCGAGCAUCCACACAUCCUCAAGUUACACGAUGUCUAUGAAAACAAGAAGAACCUGUACCUGGUGCUGGAGCACGUCUCUGGGGGCGAGCUCUUUGACUACCUCGUGAAGAAGGGACGGCUCACGCCCAAAGAGGCGCGAAAGUUUUUCCGGCAAAUCAUCUCCGCCCUCGACUUCUGCCACAGUCACUCCAUCUGCCACCGCGACCUGAAGCCGGAGAACCUCCUGCUGGACGAGAAGAACAACAUCCGCAUCGCCGACUUCGGCAUGGCCUCGCUGCAGGUCGGAGACAGCCUGCUGGAGACGAGCUGUGGGUCUCCUCACUAUGCCUGCCCAGAAGUUAUUCGGGGGGAGAAGUACGACGGGAGGAAGGCGGACGUGUGGAGCUGCGGGGUCAUCCUGUUCGCGCUGCUCGUGGGCGCCCUGCCGUUCGACGACGACAACCUGCGCCAGCUGCUGGAGAAGGUGAAGCGCGGCGUGUUCCACAUGCCGCACUUCAUCCCCCCCGACUGCCAGGCGCUGCUGCGCGGGAUGAUCGACGUGGACGCCACCCGGCGCAUCACGCUGGAACAGAUACAGAAGCACACGUGGUUCCUCGCCGGGUCGCGGAGCGAGCCUGAGCCCGAGCAGGCGGCCCCGCGCAAGGUGCCGGUGGGCGCGCUGCCCAGCGCCGAGGAGAUGGACCCGGACGUGCUGGAGAGCAUGAACUCCCUGGGAUGCUUCCAGGACAAGGACAAGCUCGUGUCGGAUCUCCUCGCCCAGCAGGAGAACCAGGAGAAGAUGAUCUACUUCCUGCUGCUCGACCGCAAGGAGCGCUACCCCAGCUACGAAGACGAGAACCUCCCCCCACGCAACGACAUCGACCCCCCCCGUAAGCGCGUGGACUCUCCCAUGCUGAGCCGGCACGGCAAGCAGAGGCCGGAGAGGAAGUCCAUGGAGGUGCUGAGCGCGGGGGAGGGCGGCUCGCCCAGCACCGUGCGCAGAGCCCUGCACGCUGCCCCCCACGGGCAGAGGUCCCGCUCUGUGAGUGGAGCCUCCUCCGGCCUCUCGUCGAGUCCACUCAACAGUCCCCGGGCGACGCCGCACCCCUCGCCGCGCGCCUCCCCCGUGCCGGCGCCCCGUGCCGCCCAGGGUCGGGCGCCGGCAUUGCCGGGCCCGCCGGGCUCGCCGGGGCACGGCGCCGCUCCGCCGUCGCCCUCCUCCACGGGGACGCCGCCGUCCAGCCCCGGGGGUUCGGGUUCGGUCGCCGGCGCCGGCGCCGGCGGAGCGGGAGGAGCGGCGGGAGUUGGGCCUCCUUGGAAGAACCGGCUGAGCUCCAUCAAGAACAGCUUCCUGGGCUCUCCGCGGUUUCACCGGCGCAAGCUGCAAGUUCCAACGGCGGAUGAAAUGACGAGCCUCACUCCCGAGUCAUCCCCAGAACUGGCCAAGAAGUCGUGGUUUGGCAAUUUCAUCAGCCUCGACAAGGGCGAGCAGAUCUUCCUCAUGGUGGAGAACAAGCCCAUCAGCACCAUCAAGGCGGACGUGGUGCACGCCUUCCUCUCGAUCCCGAGCCUGAGUCACAGCGUCGUGUCCCCCACGAGCUUCCGCGCCGAGUACAAGGCCCCAAGCGGCCCGUCCGUCUUCCAGAAGCCGGUGCGCUUCCAGGUGGACAUCGGCUCCAGCGAGGGGCCCGACUCGGCAGGGGACGGCGCCGUCUUCUCGCUCACCUUCACUCUGCUCUCAGGGCCGAGUCGGAGGUUCAAGCGCGUCGUGGAGACGAUACAGGCGCAGGUGAUGAGCUCCAGCGAACAGUCGCCCGGGCAACAGCUCUCCGGCAGCCCACUGAGUAACUUCUUCGACGUCAUCCAGCAGCUGUUUACGGACGAGGGCGGCGUCGGCGAGCAGCCACCCGGGCCCCAGAACGGCGCCGGCGCCACGGGGCCCGGCAGCGGGGGCAGCAGCAGCAGCGGCGGCAGCGCCACCUCCCGCCGCCACGGCCGCACCAGCUGCUGAAUUGGCUGCCCGCCACCACCCGUCCCUCUCCACCCACCGGCCACCGUAAACCCGCCGUGUAGCGCCUUCUGUUGGGCCCCCCCCGCGCCCGCCGCCUGCCGUGAGGCCCCGACUAGGCGACCGUCACCAGCUGCUAGGCCCGAUGAAUGCUUCGAAAUGGGCCGCUGCUUUCCGGCACCUGUCGGAGCGAAACCGCGGUGUGUCCGCGAAUUCCGUGUUAUGUUUUUUUUGUACGCGGGUUUUUUUUUUCUUCCCUUUUCUCCAGUAAUAAUGUGCGGCUUUGAAGGCAGGGCUGCGUAAUUGUUGAGGCCUACCGGCACUACGUAAUGCCCGUUUGGUCUGAGACUUAGCGAUGGCGCUCACUGUAUUUUCAAUUUGAAAUCGGUUUUCAGUAAGAAUUACGAAUGAAGAUUCAUUUAUCUCCCGUUCUCAUUCACUGAAUUGUCGAUGCAUUGCGAAAAAUAAGAAGGGGGCAAAUAUUUGCCAUGGUCUUGAGUGAGAUUCCGUUUUUUUAGCACGUAAAAUCGUUGUAAAUCUCAUCCAUUUCCAAAAUCUUUUUUUCCUCUCUCAUGGCAAAUAUUCCUGCAAAAAAUUGCUAAUUUGAAGCCCAUUUUUGGAAAGGAGGCGAUAGGGAAAGCAAGGAGUGGGUGGCGAAGAACUCUGUCCAACAAUGGAGAAAGCGAGGGAUUCACUUGACCCUGACCGGAUCACAUGACCGCCUCGUUGCUUGUGGUGGAGGCCGACCGUGGUUCGAUUACUGGGUCCGUGUCCCGAGUGCGUGCCCCUGGGCUCUCCUCAUGGCUCUCACAAAGACGGACGGAUACGGGGGAAAUGCGCAAACAGAUUUUUCGCAGGGAGAUUUUGCAGCAACAACAACAACCUUCAUGGCCUCGUGGAGCCACGUGAACCGAUAAAACAAGAAUCCAUCUGUUAGAACUGCUACGUCAAGCACCACUGGCCAAACCUUUCACACAUUGGGGCCCUCGAAAGCUCUGCAGAGGUCAACUCCACGAAGGUUAAAAACAAAAAUUCGCGCAUGGUCUUCGUUCGCCUCGGAUGCAGCAGGCCUCGGCUGAAUCGCCCACUCGCAGUUUUCAGUUCACGUGAUCAUUCUUUACCUUGCACCGAGGUGAAGAGCCUGGGAGGGGGAGGACGUUUUUGCGAAGGGAGAUCGAUUGCGUUCCUUCAGCAGCCAUGUCGAGCGAUUAAUCGCGGGCCCGCCAAGGCAAUAUCCGUAGCGCUUUGCGGAAAUGCACUUGGAUGGAGACGGGGGCGGGGGGGUGGGGGGGGGACAGAGUUUGUGUUCGGUGGAGCCCGGCGUUGCGAGGAAAUCGGACGCUUUUAUCAAUCUGUGCCUGAUCAGGGGCGGUACUUGAAUCGUCGAUGACUGAGAGAGGAAGAAGACGAAGGGCGACAACGAGAGGACGACUCGGCCGGUGCCGCUGAAAGCGGCGUCUGUUCGGGAAGGGGUCGGGGUGGCGGGGGGAGACAUCGCGAUGUCCCGUCUUUUGGACGAGACGCUAAACUCGAGGCCCGUCGAUGCUAAAGAAUGACAUUUGCUGCUCGCCGAAGGCUGGCGGUUGGGACAAGGACCGAUUCGCGUCCUUCCCUCCGAUUGUUCCCGGCCGGAAAUUCCAUCGCGGGAAUCCGUCGCAAACAUUUCGUCUGCCGAUCGACGGGGCGUGUCCUGGAAGUUGCGUUUUGUGAUUAUUAUUUUUUUUGGAGAGGAACAUAGGGGAUGCGUUGCUGCAAUGGUGGGCGGCUCGUAGCAGGCAGAGCGGACGACACCACUUAUGUCAAACAAAGUCGGCCUUCGCGCCGGUCACGUUCUUAAAAGCCCACACUGUAAGCCACGUCUUAAGAACUCGCUGACGCGGCCGUUUCUCGAUCUCAAAUCCUGACGGCCGAAAUCUCGUUCUGUCUUUACGCGCACACACACACCCCACCGUCCAGUGUGUGUGUGUGCGUGCACGAUCCGCUUUGGGUGCUUGGCCAGUUCGGGCAAGAUUGGUGGCAGACCACGGAAUGACGGGGAUUGGAUUUAGAGCUGGGGUUUGAGGGCAGUGUCGUGUUUGACUUCUUAUUUGGUCUAACCACGGCUCUGUGUUAUUGUACUUAAAGCAGCCAGUGGGCCUAAAUAGUGGCCUAGUCCGAUUCUUCAGAAAGUAGUUGCUUGGGUGGUACAACUUUUGCUGUUUUUUUUUCUAUAUUCAGAGCCACGAUGUGUUGUUUUUAUUGUUUACCAGUUAACGUUUGCUAACUUACAGCAAUACUCAAACAAGUAUUCCAAAGGGCAUCUCUGUAAAAGUUUAAGCCGACACAAUUGAGGCUUACGCAUGGCCCUCAUGCCACUGCGCGCUAAAUAUUUGUUCCAAUUUAUUUUAAACACUGCGAACAAAAUAAAUUCUACUCGGUGAUCACGGGAGCGACAAUUUACAUAGAUUACCUCAAAAUCCGUGUUUUAUGCUGAUAUUUCCCUCACAAUUUGACCAAGUUAAGUGGGACUCCUCUGCAGGCUCGUUCAAGGCUGUUUCCUCUGCAUUGUACCUAAUUUGAAGUGUAGAAAGGAAAGAGAUAAACGCCAACUAAAUAAAACAAGGAGUCAAAAAGACGAUUGAAACAACAAAAGUACUUUCAUCAAGCUGAAGUGCAGUGACGGUGGCAAGACGUUGAAAGCGAGGUCACGUGAUAUUUAUUUCUUCAAUGAAGGAAAUUCCGCUCUCAAUGCUUUCUGGAUGUUCACGCUUUUUCUAUUUACCCGUCCCACGACCCCCCCCCCCCCC